AUGAGAGCGAAUGCAUUGCGUCACACGUGCACGAUUGUACCUCGACGCUUUAGGGCUGAGUACUUCGUAGAUCAAUUGCGGAAACCAAAAAACUUAUCGUGGAUCCUCUGCUUAGUAGCGUUUACAUUAACGGCUACUAAAUGUGAACCACCUGUAAACAGCUAUCUACCUCCUAGUUCAGGGUCUGGAGGAAGGCCAUCAUCACAAUAUGGAGUUCCAGGUGGAAAUCAAGGACCAUUUGGUAGGCCUAAUGCUUCUGGACAAAAUUUAGGAAAUCAGCCCGGAACUGAUUACAAUCCUUCAGGAAUAAGUUCUUCUCCACCAGCAGAAUACGGAACACCAGAUCAAUUUUCUCCAGGAUCUCAAAGAGGAGGAUCACGUGGAUCUCAAGGACGAGGUCAAGGAUCAGUGCCCAGCUCUCAAUAUGGAAGUCCUAACCAACAAGGCACUAAUGGUGGAGCUGGGUCUUAUCGUGGACGUGGCUCAUCACAGAGACCAGAUUCUGCUUAUGGGACACCAAACGGAUUGCAGGCUUUAGGUGGUUUUAAUGCUGGGCCACAAGGGCAAGGAUCUCGGCAACCGUUUGGAGGAUCACCAUCGUCAUCUUACGGCACCCCUGAUUUCGGUAAUGAUGUUAAUAGUAUGAAUCAAAAUUAUCGUGGAUCAGGGGUAGAUGACUCUCAUGAGCCAGCCAAAUAUGAGUUUAGCUAUGAGGUAGAUAAUCCGGAGACAGGUACUAAAUUUGGUCAUUCCGAACAGCGGGAUGGAGAUGUAACUACAGGGGAGUACAACGUAUUGCUGCCCGAUGGUAGAAAACAGGUGGUUGAGUACGAGGCAGAUCGAAGGGGCUUUAAGCCCCAAAUACGUUAUGAGGGAACUGAUGGUGGAAGCGGAUCUGGAUUUGGACGUGGUGGACAAGGUAGAAAUCAGGGAUACCCGAGAGCAAGUGCCAGUGCAAAUGCUUUUGCUGGCAGUGAUGCUGGAUAUCCCGGGUCCGGUAGCAGAGGAAGUGGGCCACAAGGUGGUAGAUAUCAACAACCAGGCUCUGGUUCUUCUGAUUAUCCUAGUGGAGGACCUGAUCAACAAGGAUUUGGUAUACAAGGUCCAGGAUAUCCUAGAAGCGGAGGGCCUGCUGGCUAUCCUGGUGAUGUAAGUGGGGGUUAUCCCGGAUCUCAAGGAAAUAGAGGUCAGAAUGGCAGAGGGGGUAUUUCAGGGGAAGGCUACCCAAGUGGAGGUCCAAAUGGACCUCGUGGCUCUGGAUAU